AUGGACUACGAUUCAGGCCUUAUAGACUUCCUUACACAUCAACCGUCUAUUGAAUCACUUACACUCCUUGGUGCUAUUCCAAACCACCUCACUUCAAUGCGUUUGGAUCUCCCUGAGACCGCAUUACCUAACUUGAGGCAUUUCCAUGGACAUUACACCCAAGUACUGGCAUUCGUUCCUCGGCGUCCUGUACAAAGCGUUUACAUCACUCUAGUCGACGAUACGGGUGAAUUUGAAGACUCGGAUGUUUUUACAUGCCUCAAGGAUACAGUCGAGACAAUAGCACAGAACGCAGGGCCAUUAGAAGAAAUUACGUUCGAAGAUGAGGAUACGGAUUAUGGGUUAUUGGAAGUGGUGUUAUGUAAUUUGCCACACUUGAAAGCUGUUACAUUGUGUGUUUCGCAAUACGGACAAAGUUGGCUACGGUACUCCAAUCCUCAAUGGUUUGGCUUCGUAAGGAGUAAAUCGCCGGGCCAACUAGCUCAGUUACAAAGCUUAAACAUUACACAUGAUAUAUAUGCCUCACCUUUAGAUCGCCCACCAGUGAUCACCCUUGAUUUCAACCCCAUAUUUGUCCUGAGGACUACGUUUCACGAUUCUCUCUAUGCACCGUUCCUACGUUCGGAGGCUUGA